CUUCCUCACAGUUUGUGAAGCACUUUAUCAUCAGACGAAGAAGAAAACACAGAGCCCACACGUGAGAGCCAUGCCGAAAUCCAAGAGGGACAAGAAAGUUUCUUUAACCAAAACAACCAAGAAGGGGUUGGAAGCCAAGCAAAACCUGAUUGAAGAGCUGCGGAAAUGCGCGGACAUCUACAGAUAUGUGUUUGUGUUCUCAGUAGAAAACAUGAGAAACAACAAACUAAAAGACAUCAGGAUGGCCUGGAAACACAGCCGGUUCUUUUUCGGUAAGAACAAAGUCAUGAUGAUCGCACUAGGAAAAGGACCAACAGACGAGUACAAAGAUAAUCUGCAUAAAGUGAGCAAAUUUCUCAGAGGCGAAGUUGGUGUUUUGUUCACAAACAAAACAAAAGAUGAGGUUCAAGAAUAUUUCAGUAACUUUAAAGAGGUGGAUUACGCUCGAGCGGGAAGCGUAGCAACUAUGUCUGUGACGCUGGAUGAAGGUCCGCUGGAGCAGUUUCCACACUCGAUGGAGCCUCAGCUCAGACAGCUGGGCCUCCCUACAGCGCUCAAGAAAGGUGUGGUGACAUUGAUAAAAGAUUUUGAAGUGUGUAAAGAGGGAGACACACUCACACCUGAACAUGCUCGAAUUCUGAAACUCUUUGCAAUCGAAAUGGCGGAAUUCAAAAUAUCAGUCAAGUGCAUGUGGAAUUCUGAAUCUGGGGACUUUGAAAAGCUGACGGACGGUGACAGCGAUGAGACCAAGAAAGAGGAAACCGAUGAAGACUCAGAGGAUGGAGAAGGGAGUGAAUAAAACCUGAACACAGGCUAAGGACUUUCUUUUUUUUUUUUUUUUUUGUGAACAUUAAUUUUGUUCAUCCAACAUAAACCCAUGAAACGUU